CCGAAGCGAGCCGAGCACAGAACUGCAGUCGUGCUUUCGAGUCGGCAGUCAGAGGUGAACAUGGACACGGGAGGUACACAUCAACGGAGCGAGUGCGGCGUAAACAUCUAACAAAUGAGCUCUAGGUUGAAAUCGCCAGAGACAAUGCCAAAACAACCGCCUCCUAAAUGCAAACAGAAACGGACUAGAAGAAUCAUGGUUCAUUUUUGACGAAACAGCUGUCAUAUGUGCUAGUACUAGUCAAGACAACAAGGACAGACUCCUGUUUUGUGGCUUGCUUCUUCUCGUUGCAUGCGGAAGCUAUGAAGUCGUGACUAGAAAUAGUGGAGAAACUGUUUUAUAUAACGUAUUCAAAGCGAAUGUGAAGUGGACAAGACUGCGGGCUUAUGUGCAGUUAAAUGUGUGUGUUUGUGUUGGGUGAUGCAGGCUGGUCACAUCACGGUCUGCUUCCUGGACGAAGCCUAAAUAUUAACUGCAAGAAGCUGGUCCAUUCAUGGCCUAUAUUGUGCACAGAUGUCAGAAGAAAAACAUGUGCUUUAGGCACGAAAUAUCUGUAAAUAAUCUAGUCAGCAAAUUUGUAUGCGUUAGAUGUGAGUGGGCGUAGAAAACAGGAAAAAUUGUAACUAAGCAGAGUGCAGUGAUUGAUUUUAGUGUCUCGUGGAUCAAAGAACAUCGGCGCAUGUGCGUACUGUCUGUGUUGGCUCUGUGCCCCUGAACACAUCAGUUGAUGGGGACACAUCUCAAGUGGGUCAGUACAAAAAUCACGAUACAGGAAACAACUACAAGGCAUUUGAUGGAGAUGGACGGAACGUGACGGCCAUGGGAGCCAACAUGGGCAAGAACUCGUCCCUUCUGGACGCCUUGCCGUCCACCCAGGCCACACUGCACGUGGUCAUGUUGGGUUUGGACAGUGCUGGCAAAACAACUGCCCUGUACCGCCUCAAGUUCGAUCAGUACCUCAACACUGUUCCCACCAUUGGCUUCAACUGCGAGAAGGUGAAGGGAACGACAGGCCGUGCGAAAGGAAUCAACUUCCUGGUGUGGGACGUCGGCGGGCAGGAGAAACUGCGCCCCUUGUGGAAGAGCUACACUCGCUGUACCGACGGCAUCGUUUUUGUGCUGGACAGCGUCGACGUGGAAAGAAUGGAGGAGGCCAAGAUGGAAUUGGUGAGGACUGCAAAGUCUCCGGAUAACACCGGAGUCCCCAUCUUAGUCCUAGCAAACAAACAGGAUCUUCCUGGUGCAAGGGAGCCCAGAGAACUGGAGAAACUCUUAGGGCUUCAUGAAAUAGGGGUAGGGAGCAGCAGUGCGGGGGGACAGAACUCGUCUUCGUGUGGGGGAUCCCCGGUUCACAUGUGGCACGUUCAACCUGCGUGUGCGAUCACUGGGGACGGACUGCAUGAGGGUAUGGAAGCGUUGUAUGAAAUGAUACUGAAGAGACGAAAACUAGCAAAGCAGUGCAAGAACAAGAAAAGGUAGAGAGAGAGGAGUGAGUGAACGAACGAGUGUGUUCAUGUAUUUCGAUUCCUUUUUGUGUGUGUGUGUGUAUGUUGAAGCAUAUCGACUGUCUUGUCUGCUGUUGAGAUGAUUCGGGAAUGCAGCUGCUUGGCUUCAAAUUCAUUAAUGUAAAUAUGACCAACUAAAAGUUGCUUUGCCCCUACCUCGCCCACGCCCUAUUUGUCACAAGUUCUUUUCAUAGGAGUUGGAGGCUUGAUGAAUCUGACCAAAUAAAUUUGCACCAGGCCUACCUUACCAUGUACUUGAACCCGUAAACAUUAUUUUAAUACACCUACGUGACGUCAGCUAUGGUCUAUUUGUCACAAAAUUCGUGUUUCGUAAAGUUUACCAACAUAAUCGAACAAGCAUAUGUAAAUCACCCACAUAUUUCUACAUGGCGCGGUGUUUAAUUAAGCAUCAGAUACAUCUUUGCAAAACGAAUUGUAAACCACCUGUCACCUUUCAACUUUAUUGGAGAAAUACUGAAAAAUGUUUAAUAUUGCGUUUACAACUAAGACAUCUGUCGGUAAAUAUUGUAAUUUCGUAAAAAUGUGCGACAGAAUGAAGCACAUAUAAUGGUUACUGUAUUGUAAAGGUAAAACCAUAUUUAAAAAAAACUUUGUUAUUUAAUUUACUGUAAUAAACCGAAUGUUUAAGUCAGAAUAGGUGCAGUAGA